AUGGCGGCAGCCUUUGGAGGUCACACUGACAGUAUUAGAGAGCUGCUCUCCUCAGGAGCCGUGGUGGACCUGGCUGCCAAGGAUGGGCGUACUCCACUCUAUGUGGCAGCCUUUGGAGGUCACACUGACAGUAUUAGAGAGCUGCUCUCCUCAGGAGCCGUGGUGGACCUGGCUGCCAAGGAUGGGCGUACUCCACUCUAUGUGGCAGCCUUUGGAGGUCACACUGACAGUAUUAGAGAGCUGCUCUCCUCAGGAGCCGUGGUGGACCUGGCUGACAAGGAUGGGUGUACUCCACUCAUGGCGGCAGCCUUUGGAGGUCACACUGACAGUAUUAGAGAGCUGCUCUCCUCAGGAGCCGUGGUGGACCUGGCUGCCAAGGUGAGUAUCUGA